AUUUUCCCUAACUCUGUUGUCAAUUAUUAAAAUUCAUUCAAAAUCAAUUUCAAAAACAUGUCGAAAAAAUCUCCGGAAGAUGCUUUUUACGAUAAUCUGCUGCUGGGCCUCAACUCCACCUUAUCUAAUGUUCCACGCAUUUGUAAUGUCACCAUGGAGAAAAGAUCACCUUGUGAGAAAUCUAAUGUUAUGACUUGGGAGCAAAGACAUGGUGUUUAUUUGCCCGAGGAUAUGAAGAAAUUCUAUUUAUCUACCGAUGGUUUUCUGCUGCACUGGAGUUAUCAAUAUGCUCCCAAUGAUAUCAGACGUGUGGGCUAUAUACAAUUUCCUCAAUUGGUGCAAAUUACUUUGUUGCGUGAAAAUGUUGAACCAAUUUUUCAAACCAAUAACGAAACCUCUUCCUCGGCCACUUCUUCGAGUACUUCGUUAUCUACUAAUCUAACCAGCAGUUCUACCAUAAAUUCCCAUUUAUCAGUACAACAUCUUAAUACUAACACUGCUACAACAUCCUCAUCUACUUCGGUGAACACGCUUAAAGAUCAAUGGGGCAAUCCUUUGCCUUUGAUAGGUCCCAAAACCAAAAUUUUCGAAUUGAAUACUGUCAAUGAAGUGGCCAAAGUGUGUUUGAUUUACGACUCAAGUUCUUCAAAUAAUCCGAAAAUUUAUCUCUUGGAAUUGGAUUCUUUCAAAUGGGUAUUUUUAGCCGAAAACUUUAGUGAAUACUUGCGCAUGGCUAUAGCUCAUUUGGGUUUACCCUAUUGGGAGUUAUGUUUUGCUUCUUGUGGUCUGCCCUCUUGGACAGAGCAAUUAUUUCUAUUGUUGGCUCCUCAUCUUUUAGAGGAAAAUGAGCCUCGCCGUGCUCGUUUGAUAAACCCUGCUCCUGAACAUCCUUAUAAUAUAGUGGAUCCAAAUAUAUUUCGUGUUAAAGUCAAGUCAAAUGCUUCUAAAACAAGUUUGAAUUCAAAACACAAAUAUGAGGGCAAGAAAUAAAGAUCGGAUCGAAAGUGACUUCCAUAGACAGAUUUCU